AUGGAGCUGGAGCACUUUGAUGAGCGGGACAAGGCACAGAGAUACACCCGAAGAGGCUCAAGAGGGAAUGGUCUCCCCAGUCCCACUCAUAGCGCUCACUGCAGCCUGUACAGAACCAGGACACUGCAAGCACUGAGCUCAGAAAAGAAGGCCAAGAAGAUUCGUUUCUACCGCAAUGGGGACCGCUACUUCAAAGGGAUUGUGUAUGCCAUUUCUCAGGAGAGAUUUAGGUCCAUUGAAGCACUCCUGGCUGACCUCACAAGAGCUCUGUCAGACAAUGUCAACUUGCCCCAAGGGGUCCGGACCAUAUAUACCAUUGAUGGGAUAACAAGGAUCACCAGCAUGGACCAGCUGGUGGAAGGAGAGAGCUAUGUUUGUGCAUCCAUAGAACCCUACAAGAAGCUGGAGUACACAAAGAAUGUAAAUCCCAACUGGUCAGUUGGUGCUCGGACUGCUGUGUCUGUCCGUGAUCCUUCUUCCCUUGGCAGUGCCAAGGCUGGAUCCCCAGAAACCAGAGAGAACAAGGACUUCAUUAGGCCCAAAUUGGUAACUAUUGUCCGCAGUGGAGUAAAGCCUCGCAAGGCCGUACGGAUCUUGCUCAACAAGAAGACUGCACACUCCUUUGAGCAAGUCAUGACUGACAUCACAGAUGCCAUUAAACUGGACUCUGGAGUCGUCAAAAGGCUAUAUACUGUUGAUGGAAAACCGGUCACCUGCCUUCAGGACUUUUUUGGGGAAGAUGAUAUAUUCUUCGCUUGUGGCCCGGAAAAGUUCCGCUAUCAAGAUGACUUCAACUUGGAUGAAACUGAAUGCAGGGUGGCAAAGUCUGCAUCUUAUGGUCGGCUCCCUACAGUGCACGGUCGCUCUUCCCCAAGAGGUGGCGGUAUGUCCCGCAGGAGCAAGUCUCCCUCAUCUACUGGUUCAGCUAAUGGCACUGCAGGCAGUCAGCUGUCCACACCUCGUUCUGGAAAGUCUCCAAGCCCCUCUCCAACCAGUCCAGCGAGCCUCCGAAGACGACAGGGAUCUCAACACAGUGGGUCUUCUCUCUCGUUAGCCUCUACCAAGGUAUGCAGCUCAAUGGAUGAAGGAGAUGGGCCCAGCACUGAGCCGACAGAUGAGUGCUCCGCAGUUCCUCCCUCUAUAGCAGAAAGGUACAAAGUGGGGAGGACUUUAGGGGACGGAAACUUUGCUGUGGUUCGAGAAUGUGUGGAGAGAUCCACUGGGAGAGAGUAUGCUCUCAAGAUCAUCAGCAAAGUCAAAUGCAGGGGAAAGGAGCACAUGAUACAGAGUGAAGUAUCCAUCCUUCGGCGUGUGAAACAUCCCAACAUCGUACUUUUAAUUGAGGAAAUGGACACCCAUAGUGAGCUUUAUCUUGUAAUGGAGCUGGUUAAGGGGGGUGAUCUCUUUGAUGCCAUUACCUCGUCCAACAAAUACACAGAGCGAGAUGCCAGCUGUAUGCUGUUCAACCUGGCGAGUGCUAUCAAGUACCUGCACAGUCUCAACAUCGUCCAUAGAGACAUAAAACCAGAAAAUUUGUUGGUGUAUGAGCACCAAGAUGGUAGUAAAUCUCUGAAGCUAGGUGACUUUGGCUUGGCUACCGUCGUCAACGGGCCCCUCUACACUGUGUGUGGGACACCCACCUAUGUAGCACCAGAGAUUGUUGCUGAAUCGGGAUAUGGUCUCAAGGUUGACAUUUGGGCAGCUGGUGUCAUCACUUACAUUCUGCUGUGUGGCUUCCCUCCCUUCCGUGGCAGUGGUGAAGACCAGGAGGCUCUCUUUGAACAGAUUCUAAAGGGCCAGCUGGAUUUCCCUGCACCAUUCUGGGACAAUGUGUCUGAGAGAGCCAAGGGUCUGAUCACUGGAAUGCUGCAAGUAGAAGCGGAACAAAGAUACACAGCUGUAAAGGUGCUUGAUCACCCCUGGGUCAAUGAUGAUGGAGGUUCAGAGAACGAGCAUCAGCUGCCUGUGGCUGGUAAAAUCAAGAAGCACUUCAACACCGGCCCUAAACUCAGCAGCACUACAGCAGGAGUGUCAGUUAUCACACUGGACCAGGACUUUACCAUCCAGAAGUCAGGGUCUUUGGACCACUGCCAGCAUCCAGGAUUGUACUGGAUAAGACCACGCCACUUGAUAAGGAGAAGCAAGUUUUCCGACGAAGACGCUACCAGGAUGUAA